AUGAGUGCACUACGUAAAAACUAUAAAGAGCAAUCCACCACUAGGCGACCAUUAUCCAAUGGCCACUAUCACUUGAAGAUGAUUGAUGGAUGCUUCAAAUGUGAUAAGCAGAAUUACAUGAUCAAGAACUGUCUUAUGCGGGAAGUCGAGUGGAAAGAAGAUAGAUUUAAAAUAAGGAACCGGAAGAAGGAACAAAUUCAUGACAAGAAAAACUACAAAAAAAGGCCAUCCAAAGCAAUUGUUGUUACUUGGAAUGAGAGUUUAGUUGAGGACAUUAAUGUUGAUGACAACGAUGUUGAACGAGCUCUUAUAGCUAUUCGAGAAUCUGAAGAUGAACCUGAUGAAGAAUCUGAGAUAAGUCUAAGUGAAGGAGAGAAGCCAAAUAUGGAACAAGAUACUGAAGAGAUUGAACUGAUAAGAAAUUCAAAUAUGAAACCACAGUCCGUCUUGAAGCUGCAUCACAAGAAGGAACAGGUGAUGGACCAGGAAGGAACAUCCAAAGAAAUCGACACUCAUAUUACAACAUCUUCAAAAUUGGAUUUGGAUGAACCUGGCUCAUCUGCUGAUCAGAAGUUUGUAGGCAUUUGGGCAAGAUUCCAGGCUAAUCCAAAGGAUUCUCACUUGGCGGCUGUCAAGAGGAUCUUGAGAUACCUAAAAGGCACCACUGAUCUCUGCAUAUGGUAUCCGAAAAGUAGUAAUUUCAACUUAGUGGGAUAUGUUGAUGCUGAUUAUACAGGUUUUCUUGCUACCAAAAAGCAAAACUCUGUGGCUUUGUCUACUGAUGAAGCUGAGUGUGUGGUUGAUGCCUCAUGUUGUGCUCAAUUAUUGUGGAUUAAACAGUAA